AUGACAGUAGUGUCCUUGGAUCUAAUGGAGUUGAUCAUCAAAGAUCAGUACCUGAGUAGGAGUGAUAUGUGGAGGUUUACAAAAAGUUUGCGUAAUACCUGUAUGUAUGUGGGAAAGAAGGUUGAUUUUAUUGGAAUGAGAGCUCAGGUGAAUGAAUUGUGGGCCAAAGGGGACAAGAUGACAUGUGGUUAUGUUUCUGAAGAUACCAGGAUAGUGUAUAGAUCAUCCACUGCUGUGGUGCACAUUUUCCUCCAGAUGAGCAGCGAGAUGUGGGAAUUUGAUGCUUUUGGGGACUUAUACUUUGAAAAAGCAGUCAGUGGCUUCUUAACUGAUCUCUUUGUAAAAUGGAAGGAGCAGAAUUGUCUCCAUGAUGUGACUAUUGUCAUGUUUUCCAGGACUUUCUACGAUGCGCACUCAUUGGAGGAUUUUCCAGAAAGCAUGAGGGAAUGUAUACAGCAGGAUUACAAAGGAAGAUUUUAUGAAGACUUUUACAGGGUGGUUGUACAAAAUGAAUGCUACAAAGAAUGGACAGGUGUGCUUGUAGACCUGAAACAGUUCUUCAUAGACUACCCUAAGACCACUAUACAGUACCACCAGGAUCAGGGCGCCAAGGUGCCCAAAGCAUGGAACUCUACUGCAGCCAUGGGGAACUUUCUGGAAGUACUCAACAUGUCUCUCAAUGUUUAUGAGAAGUACUACAUUGACAGGAAUUUUGAUCGUCUUGGGAAGGUGGCCAUUGUAGUCACCCCAGGGGCAGGCGUAUUUGAGGUGGACAGAGAGCUGACCACUAUGACCAAACAAAGGACAAUAGACACAGGUAUGGGCAGUGACUUGGUGUGCAUGGGGGAGCAACCACUGCAUGCUGUGCCUCUCUUUAGAUUCCAUAGCAGCACUCCUAAUGAUUUUCUGGAUGUUGGAGAUGAUUAUCACAUUCCUCACUGGAUUAACCACAGUUUCUACACCUCCAGAAGUCAGAUACAAACAACAAGUUCUUUAUCAUUUGUCCCUAGGAUCAAACUUGCCAAAAUGAAGCCUAAUGUAAAAGAUAAAGAAGACAUUGAAAAUAUAGUGGAUGGGAUGAGUGAGGAGGACGACAGAUUGCCAUUUGUAGACUAUGAUGAGUAUGAUGCUCAGGUGUUCAAAUUACCAAACAGCAGAACAAGAACACCAAAGUCAAGAAAUACCAGAAGUGCGGCUUCACUAUACAGCUCUGCUAGAAAAACACCACAAAGUCUUAAUGAAGCUAUGGCUAUUAAGAGGCCCCGCAAUCGCACCAUCUCAGAUGAUGUAUCAGGUCUAUUGUCAGAUGACCAGUCAGUAGGGAAACGGUCACCCGCCAUUGGUAUACCAGGAAAAGUGAAGAGUGCAGAUCUCCUCUCCACGUCUUUAGGAACCAUUCCAAUACCUCUAGCAGAAAUAUCCACUAGUCAGCAUUCGGUGGGUUCGGAAGACAGUGACGACUUUAUGGAACGUCCAGUGGUAGGCAGUGCAGGAUUUCCUGCAGGACAUCAUUUGCCUGCACAGUUUCGUCACCCCCCUCGUAGAGCCCUCAUCAAUCCAUUUGCUCCGUCCAGGAUGAGGUUUAAGAUGACUUCCAAUAGAAGGAGAUGGGUGCAUGCAUUUCCUCUAGAUCAACAGGGAGCAGCCAUUCUUCCGCAUCAUCAGUAUUCCCAGCGACACAGACGAGACCAGUGGAAAAGGACUGGUCCCUCACCAACUAGGGAAGUUAUACUGGCUGCCAACCGUGCGGUAGAGGCGAGGAAAUACAGACACAGUGAAGGACAUGACCAUGAAAUGGACAUCAAAAGGUCCAAGUCUCCCACAGUGUCCAGUGAAGGCAGUAUGGAGAGUGAGAUGACCACGCCAGUCCACCGAUCUGUCAGCAAGGACAGUAAUUUGCGAGGUCUGAAGACUGUAGAUAGUACGGCCUCAUUAACAAGUGAGGAUGCUGGCAGCAUUGUUAGUGUGAUCAAUGUGCAUGAAACACCUUCUUACUCAAGUACCAGUAAAUUGAGCUCUUUGAGGACUCCCAGCAUUUCCAAAGAAAUUGGUAAAAAAUUAGCUGGUUCCAAAUCUUGGCAGUGGGGGCCUGUGACAGGAGAGCAGGAAUGGAGUCCAACUAUUACUACUGGUGUGGACUGGCGCUCAAUGAGUCUGCCAGCAGUGUUGCCCAUGAGCACAGAUUUCUUCCCGGACAAGAGAAGCCUUCACAAUGACUAUGUUAUUUCAGAAUAUAAACUGCUGCCUGAUGUCAUCAACUCAGACAUAUCCUAUGAGUGUCGCAGCAACAAGAGACCAAUGACAACUAUGGAAGUAUUCAAGGAAUUAAUAUAUCAGAGAUUUGGACAGGGCUUCCAAGUGAUAGUAGGUCCUAAGAACAGCAGCCCCAACAAUCAGAGUGACCUGAGCACUAGUCCCAUGUAUAAAGGAACUGCUAGCCUCAUACGUGCACGCUCACGCACUAUACAAUCUGAAGAAUACCGCUUGAGUAUUGGCCGUAUCUACCACAAAGUAAAUCUCACUGGACCAGAGAUCACAGUGGUCCGAUACAGGCCCAGACACCCAUACACAUUGAGGACUGUGCAUUACAAGUAUCGCUUUAAAUGUCCAGAUUCUGUGAAUUAUGAUGUGUCCUGGGUCACUUUCAAGAACCAGCAACUUGAGAAUUACAACUGGAACUACCUAGAUAACUACAUAUGUACCAAGGGAGAAGGGGACUAUGGACUUAUGGAGUCACUGAAGUACUGGAAGAGCCGUUUCCUACUCCUGCCCUGUCACAAUCCUGCAACCAAAAAGAUAAUAGACGGAGCAGAAAGAUGUGAUGUAUAUGAAGAGAAAUCCCUAGAAGAACAACAGCAGAUGACAGAAGGAUUCGUCAAAAUUUUGGAAAUGCUCAAUAAAAUCAGGAGGCCAGGACAGGGAAGAAAACCAGGACUGACCCCAGUCUCAGCAGACUCCACAGUGAUUGCACCUGCUGAUGCUACAGCCAAGACAGACUCAACUCCAGCCAAAGACAAUGUCAACCAGAUUCAGGAGGAAAAAUUGAGUAUGUCAUCCCCACUGUCUGCAGUUCUUAAAAAGAUGCAAGACCCAAGUAAUGGUCUAAAGUUUCUACCAGUCCAGGAGGGUCUUCCUAGCCAAAGCUUUGUGAGUUUUGAGGCCACAGAAUGGGUUCAGGAGAAUGUGGAGGGAGCAGCAGGCUUUCCCACUGCUGUAGCUCUACUGCAGACAAUGGUGGAUGAGAAGAUGAUAUGCCAUGGCUGCAGAAACACCAGACACAGAUAUAUUCAUGGAUUCUACCUCUACUUUGUUGUCACAGAGAAGGAGAGAGUGGAUUCAGACCCCCUAAGCUAUGCACAGCAGGAUGCACUAACAUUUCAGAAUGACUGGAUUGAGGUUACUGUGCACAAUAAUAUGCAGAAGCCUCAUUAUCAGGUUCCACCAUUUUUGAUGCCUUUGUUACCCCAGCGUGCAGGGACCACAGAUAUACUGAGUGUGACUCCAGAGGAUGCCAAAUCAGCACAUGGCUGGGGUGGUAGAAGGUUGACAGAUGAAUUUGGUCAAACCACGUACAAACACAUCAAGAUAGACACAGACCCUGCAAGCAAGUGUGGCAGACCAGAGUGGUGCACCAUGCGUUACCAUGCCAACUACAACCCUCUGUGUGCAUAUGAACUGACCCUGAACUGGCUAGUGUGCACUGGCCCUGUGCUGGGAGAACUGGUAUCUGGUUGGGUCAGGAAGGUCAGUACUUGCUCCUAUCACUUGCUGGCAGUACCAGUGGAUCCCUUUGCCUUGCCUUAUACAGACAACUCUGACCCCCUCCGGGGUCCCAUCUAUGUCCCCCUCAAUGUACAGUGCCUUACAGAUGAUGAAAUAAGUCCAGUGUUUUCAGAAUAUGACAGCGACUCCAGAUCAGAAAGAUUACGGUUGCUGCAGGAGUUCAUUUUGAAGAGGUUUGGAUUCAUGUUGGACAGUUGCCUGGUGCAGACACCUCGUCCCCUCAACUACCAGUCAGAUGACACCAAGCCACAGUGGGUCCACUGCACAGGCGGAAUGUUUGUCAUGAUCCCUGACAGUGCAGCCUCGGCCAUCCCAGAAAACAGCACGUGCCUCACAGACAGGAGGAUGCCAAACCCCACUGCUAUGCACAAACUGUUUACCAAGAGUAAUGCUCAUAAAGAUUAUAUAGAGCGUCAGAGAAACCGCGCCGACAGUGUGAACAUCAGCUUCAGUUCUGACAUUAGUGCUGGGACGGAGGAUAUCAAGGUGGGCUUCCUGUGGUGCUGGAACUCCAUGCUGAGUAAAAGAUGGCGCUCACCAAACACUGGAGAUGAGUCAUUCCAGGAUAAAGUGCUGGCAGAUUUCAGGGCAUUUUGUAGUAACCAAGACAACAGGUUACGUGAAUUCUGGGAGCAGUGUCAUGAACAGCUACAGUCAGCUACACCAAAUGGGAAUAUGUGAGAAACUGAUUUGAAUCAUUUUUGAUUCUGGCAGAAUUUGUUGCAUCUAAAAUAAAACAAACUGAAGCUCAAAGAUGUGUUGUACAAUAAGCUCAGAUGUAUUUUUACAUACAGCAUUAAAGAGAUGAUGAAAUUUUUUCAGGAAAACUAUUUUAUGCAACUGGUGCUAAAAAGUGUAUAUAUGCAAGAAAUACUUGCAUUAUGUAACAAAUAAUAGUUUUCCUUUUAUUAGAAAUAAGAGUUUUAUGUGUCAGUACCUGCUGCUAUCACUGGCUGCCAGUACCAGACACCUUUAGCUGUUUAUGUUUAUUGACAGAAAGGAAUGUAUUUUAAAAUCAAAAAAGGGCAUUUAGAUUAGAAAGUAGCCAUCAUAAUGCUGCUACUGAGAUUGCCGUUUUUAUUAUUUGCCAAAAUUUGAAUUGUUAUUGAAGAUAUUUUCUUUUUUGAGGGGGGGGGGGGGAGUUAAAUAACAGUUCUAAGUUCUAUUCAAGUAGCUUUCAAUGCUGACAAGUGUCUUACAGUUGUUAUUAGUAAAGGUGAAAAGAGAAAUAACAGAGUAAUGUUGACAGUCAGAUCAAUCAAUGAUCUUCAGUAAACAUACUUAAGCCUAUGCUUAAGCCACACUUUAUAAUUAAAAGAUAUUUUUAAAACUGUGUAAUUUUGGCCAGUAUAAAUACAUCUUGUCAAUCUAUGCUUUACACAAUGAGUCUGCUAUAGUUUAUGUCAGCAAUUGGUCAUUAAGACUGUUUAGUUAUGACUGCUUUUGAUACUUUCAUUUAAUAUUGGAUAUGAAUAGAAAUAAAAGGAUAAAUACAAUAGAGUUGGUGAACAGUUGGUGAAAAAGGUCUGGCAUCAUCAUGUGCAAAAACAGGUUUUUUUUACCUAUAUAAUGCUCAUUCAUUUAAAAGUAUCCAAUAUUGUAUUAUUUCUAUUAUUACCUUUGAGUUGGAGGGAUAAAUGUCUACCCUUGAAGUGCAAUGAUAAAAGCAAGUGCUGACUUUCAAAGCAAACUUUUAUAUCUUGUGUAAACUACACAAACUUAUCGGUUUCUGUUUUAUCAAGGAAGCAGGCCAUGUGGCAUAACAUAAAGAUACAUUGUAAUUAAAAUCAUUGAAUAAAUGUCUCUGUUAUUAGAGAGUAUUUGAAUACUGCUGUGUGAAAAGGGAAUUUUUCUUUAGUUCAUCAAUAAUGUAUUGAAAGUUAGCACAUUUCUUAAGACAAGGCAAAUUGACUGGCUUGGGAAAAUAAGAUAGCACACAAAAAACCUUUCCCAGAGGACUAUUUGGUCAACUUUGGCUCUAGAUUACACAAGAAAUCUAUACAGUGAAUGACAUGUAAGGUUUUAAGUGGCUUAAGAUUACGUUGGAAAUGUAGUUGAUUAUAGUCAAGUAGUGAGGCAGUGUUUGGUUAGUUUCUGGUGGAACACCUGUCUUGAAACUGUCAAACAUCAGGGAUUUCAAGUAGAUAUAAUUGUUACCAAAAAACUGAUA